AUGGGGAACCGCAAGGAGCGCCGCGCCCAAGGCUCCUCUCAAGCCAUCACCUCGGCAUCCGACAUCCCCUCGAUGCGGCCCUCGGAUGACCCCCGCAACAGCAAGAAGCCCGCCAAGACGCUCCUCGACAUCGCCGCCGAGCGACAGGCCAUCCAGUCCCACCUCCCCGCCGGCCCAACACUACGAGAAUCCAACGUCGUCAACGUCACCAUCGACGACGACGGCAAUGUGAGGACCCUCGAUGGGAGCCCCUUACCCAACGGCCUAUCAAGCACGACUCAGGAUGGGAAGGUUGUGGCGCAGACGGGCUCCGACGGCAUCGUGACGGAGGAGGAUGGAGUGGCGGAGAUCCCACCCAUCAUGGACACGCUGCUGCUCAGCCUGCCGCUGAGCGCUGUGCACUUCACGCUCGCGGUGCUGACGAUGCACCAGUACGCGCAGGAGCUGAGGAUGCUGCCGCUGCUGUGGGACACGAUAUUCAUUGCGUUCCCGACGCUGACGCUGUUGGUUCACCUCUUCCGCGGGCAUGUGCUGCCGGUGCGGGUAUCGGACGGCGUGCGGACGGCGGUGCUGGUGCUGCGGAGCUUGGUGUAUUUGGCGGUGGCGAAUGCGGCGGGCUGCUAUCUGCUCAUGCUGACGAAUGAUCGGGGGUACUACGCGGUGAUGAAGAAAGCGCCAGCGGUAGGCACGGUGUGGGUCUGGGCGGUGCUUGAGAUGGGGUUGGUGGGCGCCGUGGCGGGCGUGGCUGGGCCGGCGGCUUUUGCGUGGUGGAGGGGGUACGGGUUGUAG